AUGACUUUAUGCAAUAGUCAUCGCAAAAGACUCCGAGAUUCGAUCCAAGGAGUCAGUAUGUUGUUGCGCUUAGCUCGUCGCGGCGGAGUUGCCCGCAUUUCUAACAGUAUAUACGACGAUAUGAGAAAUGUGUUGAAAGAAUUCCUUCAACAGGUUAUCCGGGACGUUGUACUUUAUACAGAGCAUCGUAAUGCCAAGACAGUUACCUUACAUGAUGUCUUGCAUAGUCUUCGGCGCCGCGGACACACCCUCUAUGGCUUUGAUCAAAUAACCUGGCCAGAGUCCGAGGACCCAGAGGACCAAGAUAACCAAAAGAGUCGACGUCGUCGACGAGUCUCUUAUCGACCGGAUAGAAUUUACAUUUAA